CGCUCAGCCCGUGCCGCUGAAGCUUCUCAGGGACUAUCAACAGGGAGUGCUACCGACGACAGAGCAAAGAGCUGGGGGUAUGAACGUCGCUAGAAUCCGCUCCCAUCCUCCUCUGCCCAGGCCCCUGUCCGACUGACAACCACCAGAACAGAAUCUCCACCGAACCAGCUCUCAUACGAACCUUAUAUCGGUGACGACUCGCAACCAUGGAGCUGAGAGUGGGGAACAAGUACCGGCUCGGGCGAAAGAUAGGGAGCGGUUCCUUCGGAGACAUUUACCUCGGUGCCAACAUUGCCACCAGUGAGGAGGUCGCCAUCAAGCUGGAAUGCGUGAAGACCAAACACCCACAGUUGCACAUUGAAAGCAAGUUUUACAAGAUGAUGCAAGGAGGAGUGGGUAUCCCAUCGAUAAAAUGGUGUGGCGCGGAGGGAGACUACAACGUGAUGGUAAUGGAGCUGCUCGGUCCCAGUCUGGAGGACCUCUUCAACUUCUGCUCCCGGAAGUUCAGCCUAAAGACCGUCCUGCUCCUGGCAGACCAAAUGAUAAGUCGUAUUGAGUACAUCCACUCCAAGAAUUUCAUCCAUCGGGAUGUGAAGCCUGACAACUUCCUCAUGGGGCUCGGCAAGAAGGGGAACCUGGUGUACAUCAUUGACUUCGGCCUGGCCAAAAAGUACCGCGAUGCCCGCACACACCAGCACAUCCCUUACAGGGAGAACAAGAACCUGACCGGCACAGCGCGCUACGCCUCCAUCAACACACAUCUUGGAAUUGAGCAGUCCAGACGUGACGACCUGGAGUCUCUCGGCUACGUCCUCAUGUACUUCAACCUGGGAUCCUUACCGUGGCAGGGCCUCAAGGCUGCUACCAAAAGACAGAAGUAUGAAAGAAUCAGCGAGAAGAAAAUGUCCACACCCAUCGAGGUCCUUUGCAAAGGAUACCCUUCUGAAUUCUCCACAUACCUGAAUUUUUGCCGUUCGCUCCGUUUCGACGACAAGCCGGACUACUCUUACCUACGACAGCUCUUCAGAAAUCUUUUCCACCGACAGGGUUUCUCUUAUGAUUACGUCUUCGACUGGAACAUGCUCAAAUUUGUAAGUGGUGCGAGUCGAACAGCUGAAGACGGGGAUCGGGAGAGGAGGGCAGGAGAUGAGAGGGAUGAGCGGAUUGGUGGAGCCCCCAGGGGAUCUGCAACACGCAUCCCCGCAGGUCCCAACCCUGGGCCUGCCAACAGAGUCAGGAACGGGCCAGAGCAGGCCAUCUCCAACCCUGCCUCACGGGUCCAACAGUCUGGGAACACGUCGCCUCGUGCAAUUUCUCGUGCGGAAAGGGAGAGGAAGGUGAGCAUGCGGCUCCACCGUGGAGCUCCUGCCAACGUAUCGUCCUCUGACCUCACAGCCCGUCACGACCAAUCCAGAAUUUCCACAUCACAGGUCAGUGUGCCAUUUGAGCACAUGGGGAAGUAGAAGACUUUGGCUCUGCAUGCACAUGAAAAUGACAGGGCUGCAAGGUAUAUCCAUCGCUCCAGUUUAUUUUCCUUAAUUUUUACCUUGUCUUAUGAAAAGAUCAUUGCCAAUGGACUCAUGGAUCUUUGGAACAGUACAGUCAAUCCCAAAAAGGAUCCAGGGACUAUACAUGACUGUAUCCAGCAUCCACUCUCUCAUGAACCCUCUUUGCUAAACCCUGGAUCAGCACCACUUCACUGCAAAAGCAAAUAAAGGACAGUUCUACACCAUUAUUACCCCCAUGGUUGCUUCUAACGGCCCCCCCCCCUCCUCCUCCUCCUCCUCCUCCUCCUAAAAACAUUCCCACAAUAACUCUGUCUGACAAAUGUGAAGAACUGUUUGCAUCAAAGAAGCAAAAAGGUAUCUGAGGCACACGCAUGUUUCUCGUCGAAGCUCAACUUGCUUUUUGAUUUAGGCUUAGUAAAUAUUUAUCUUUCCGUUUUUAACACUUGCAGAACAACUUUCUUCCGUGAAUGUCGUCUUUUCAGUCUUUUAAUUGGCGCUUUUUUUGAGAGCGAGAGAUAACGGCUAAACAAUGAAGAAAUGGGGAGAGGUAGGUGAGGGGUUGAGAGCAAAAAGAAAGGUAAGGUUGAAAGGAUGAGUAAGUUAUGUUUUAGCUGUUUUUCUUCUUUUUUUUUUUUUUUUUUUUAGAGUAAUGUUUCUGUUGAAGUAACAGUCGGUGCUUGCUUGCCCUUCACCCAUGUUGUGAUGAUUUACUGUCCCUCAAAAACGUAGCCACCAAAAACAUCCAGCACCCCGUUUCUUUGCCUGUUCUGAUUCGCUUGUUUUCUCUGGUUUUUAGUGUUAAGUGGGUAAGGUGAAGAAUGACCAUAGAUAUUGCAAAGACACACUCCAAGUCUUGAGGGAAGCUCCUCAGGAAAUUAUCAGUGUAUUUGACCAGAGACCAUAGCUGCCCGUUUUGAUUAACAAAUGGUGGCUGCAAUUUUUAUGAUAGUUCUUAAUGUUACCUUUUUUAUUCUUUUUGUUAUUGGAGGUCAUAGGGGAAUGGGCAGGCUCUGUUAGGGAUGGGUCUUAGGGGGAUGGGGCAUCCAAUUUUUUUCUUUUUCUUUUUUUUUAAUGUUUACUUCACUGUAAAUAUUUUUUAUUUCGAUGUAAAGCCAAAUGUGGUUAUUUGUUUUAAGGUGUAAAGUAGAAAAAUGCAUACUAAUGACAUAAACUGGGGCUGGGUUCAGAAUUUUAGGUAUUUAAAGUACUAAAUAGUGGGAUGGGCUGCUGUUGCUUUGCCAGCUGGGUCAUCCAACAUUGUGUGUGUGUGUGUGUGUGUGUGUGUGUGUAUGUAUGUGAGAGAGACAGAGCGUGUGUGAUACAGUGAAUCCCUGCUAAGAAUAAAAGAUUAAUUUUUAGUUUGUAUGCAGAUUGUUUUUCUGUUCUAUUUAUGUAAAACUAACUUUUAUUUGUCUGAAAUAACUUUGUGUUCUUAAUCCUCUUAUGUUGAAUUCUUCUUCCUGUAACUUAUUAGAAGUAGCUUGUUUGUGAAGUUUUUUUCUGUCCAUUUCUUCCCUUCUUACACUUUAAAAGGCUGUCUGACCACCUCAUAUAAUACAUAGGGCUCCCUCUGCAAAAACGAUAUGCUAAUAGUUUGAUGUCACCUUUGGUUUUUAACCUCCAGCAACCUUGAUGAUGUCAUUCAGAAGAAAACAUAACAGAUUUAAUUGCAGGGAUGUGUAAAUAGUGGUGUACUGUGUGUAAUUACCUUUGUACAGGCCACCAUGACCCAGUGGCAUAGUAACUCUUGUGUUGGGGAUGCUAUAGAAGAGUUUGAGGUGAUGGGAAUUUCACUUUAUGUAUUGUGUACUGAUAUCUUGUACAGUUCUUUAACACACUUUAUUUACAACAGUAUUUGUGUAUAUUUUAUGAAGUAAUAAAAACGAAUAACGUUGCUCACA